GUUCUGGGACAAGAAGAAGAAUGGCACGGGGAUGGGCAGAAGGUCCGACUCCUGAAGACGGCUUUGGAGCAGUACGUGGACAAUGAAGACCUCAUCAUCCUCUUCACUGAAAGCUAUGACACGGUGUUCGCCUCGGGUCCAGCAGAGCUUCUCAAGAAGUUCAAGCAAGCUAAGAGUAAAGUGGUCUUCUCCGCAGAAGCAGUCGCUUAUCCUGAGCGUCGCCUGGAGCCCAAGUAUCCAUCUGUCCUAGAGGGGAAACGUUUCCUGGGCUCUGGAGCUUUCAUAGGUUAUGCUUCGCAUCUGCACAAACUGGUAGCGGACUGGGACGGAGCUGAUGAAACCAGUGACCAACUGUUUUACACCAAGAUCUUCUUGGACCCAGUGAAAAGAGAGCAGAUCAACAUCACCUUAGAUCACAGAUGUCGAAUCUUCCAGAAUCUUCAUGGUUCUGAAGGGGAUGUUGUGUUAAAGUUUGAGAAUGGGAGGGUGAGAGCCCGGAAUAUGGCUUAUGACACCCUACCUGUACUAAUUAAUGGGAAUGGACCAUCCAGGCUUCUUAUGAACUAUAUGGGAAAUUACAUUCCUCGUGCCUGGACCUUUGAGACCGGUUGUGUCAUCUGUGAGGAAGGUUUGAGAAGUCUGAAAGAAGUCAAGACUGAUGACUUCCCGUUGGUCGUGGUUGGCGUUUUCAUCGAGCAGCCGACACCUUUUGUUUCUGAGUUUUUCAAGCGCUUAAGUAACCUGCAGUAUCCCAAAAAAAGGAUCCAGCUUUACAUCGCCAACCAUGAGACUCAUCACCAGAGACGUGUGGAGAAAUUCCUGCAGGCGCACGGGUCAGAAUACAGCAAUGUCAAAUAUGUAGGACCUGAGGAGGCGGGUAAUUUCGCUGAAGCUCGUAAUGCUGGAAUGGACGUCUGCCGCCAGAACCCGGAAUGUGAAUAUUACUUUUCCAUUGAUGUCCAGGUGGUUCUGAAGAACAGCAGCGUGCUCCGGACUCUGAUCGAACAGAACAAGUCGGUCAUUGCUCCUCUGGUCAGCCGCCUUCAGGAUCUGUGGUCAAACUUUUGGGGUGCGUUGAGUUCGGACGGGUUCUAUGCUCGGUCGGAGGAUUAUAUCGACAUUGUCCAGCGACUGAGAAUUGGAAUCUGGAACGUCCCCUACGUCACCAAUGUUUACUUAGUGAAGGGCAGCGUCCUCAGGAAAGCACUGAGCCAGUACGAUCUGUUCCACAGCGGAAAUCUGGACCCCGACAUGGCGUUCUGUCAUAAUGUGCGCCAAAAGGGAGUCUUCAUGGUGGUGACUAACAGAGAACAGUUCGGCCACAUCCUCUCCUUGGAGAACUACAAGACAACUCAUCUCCACAAUGACCUGUGGCAGAUAUUUCAGAACAUCGAGGACUGGAAAGAAAAAUACAUUCACCCCAAUUACACUUUGGCCCGGAAAGGCAAGCUGAUGGAAUCGCCGUGUCCAGACGUGUACUGGUUCCCGGUGUUUACCGAAACUGCAUGUGAUGACAUUGUGGAGGAAAUGGAACAUUUUGGUCAGUGGUCCAGAGGAGACAACAAGGAUGAAAGAAUUCAGGGAGGAUACGAAAAUGUCCCGACAAUCGAUAUUCACAUGAACCAAGUCAGUUAUGAGAAGGAAUGGCAAAAAUUCCUCCUGGACUUUGUGGCCCCCAUUACGGAAAAAAUGUAUCCGGGGUAUUAUACUCAGGCUCAGUUUGACUUGGCCUUUAUCGUACGGUACAAACCUGACGAGCAGCCGUCCCUCGCCCCGCACCACGAUGCAUCCACCUUCACUAUUAAUAUCGCUUUGAACAGCGUCGGAGAGGAUUAUGAGGGGGGCGGCUGCAGAUUCAUCCGUUACAAUUGCUCCGUAAGUGCCCCGAGGAAAGGAUGGGCCUUGAUGCACCCAGGAAGACUGACCCAUUACCACGAAGGACUCCCAACCACUAAAGGGACCCGCUACAUCGCAGUCUCCUUCGUGGAUCCUUAGACCGGGGACUUGUCUUUUACAAGAACUUAGGAGAAGUUACAAUGUAACACUGAUACAAGUAUUAUGAGGUCGAGGCGGCCAUUACUGGUUGACACUAAUGACAUUAUCUUUUUGGAUAAGUAUUGAACCCGAACCCGUGAGAAUUCGUAACAGUCCAGACCGACCGAACCGCGGCAGCGAACAAAUGGCGAAUACAAUACAAUCAGAAUUUGUUUUUGUUUUUGAUUGUUGUUUUUUUUUUUCUUCCGACGUCUUUCUCUUAAAUCGUCCUCAGGUUCCCAAUCCUCCCUUUUGUAUAUUUAAGAGAAUUUUUUUUUUUAAUAUAUUUUUUGUUUCUUUCAAUGUCUGUAGAGUUUAUGGUGCUAUUGUACCCUAGGGGGCUUCGCAAAAUGUGGCGGUCCUGUACAAUUGAAUAGAGAUGACUCGUCCUGAGAAUGUGACAGAAUAGUAAAUGAAGCCUUGUUUUAUUGUGAAUGGGAAAAAUGAUCUUUCAAAUAUUUUGAAUAUAGACUUGAAUAAAAUGUCAUAAAAAAACAAACAAAAAAAACCCACAUACAUACACCCAGGUACAUUUUUCAUUAAAGGGGUACUCCGGUGGAAGACUUUUUUUUUUAUUUUAAAUCAACUGGUGCC